UAAAAUUGGAGCUAAAGAUCAGAAGAAAAUUUCAGCGAUUUGGAGAUGGAGAUGGAAUUCGAGAUGGAGUUCGAGAGUCCGUUGGUGCGUCUAUGCAUAGAGGAAGCUUGUAAGAGAGGAGAUGCGGUGGAACGAUGGCGUUUACAGCGGCGGAGUCUUGAGAGGCUGCCUCCUCACCUUGCUGAUGCUCUCCUCCGUCGUCUAAUCCAGCGGCGACUUCUUUUCCCUUCGUUACUCGAAGGAUUCAAACAUUCUGUAGAGAAGAUAGAUCUCCGAGGCGAAAGCUCCAUUAAUGCUGAAUGGAUGGCUUACAUUGGAGGCUUUGUUAAUUUGUUGUCUCUGAACCUUUCAGAUUGCCUGAGAAUCAACAAUUCUACCCUCUGGCCUAUCACAGGAUUAACUAGCUUGACCGAGUUGGAUCUUUCAAGAUGUAUGAAAGUCACAGAUGCUGGUGUAAAGCAUCUCCAAUCUGUUGUAAACCUGGAAAAGUUGUGGAUUCCACAGACGGGUGUUACGGAAGCUGGGAUUUCUCUUCUUGCUUCACUUAAAAACUUGUCUCUUCUGGAUUUGGGCGGCUUACCUGUAACGGAUCACAACUUGAUUUCUCUCCGGGCUCUGACAAAGCUAGAGUACCUUGACAUCUGGGGAAGCAACGUAACCAACCUAGGAGUUAUCUCUAUAAUCAAAUUUUUAAACUUGAGCUUCCUCAAUCUCUCGUGGACCAGCGUCACACAGACUCCGAACAUACCGCACCUUGAAUGCUUACACAUGAACAAGUGCGACAUUGUCUCCAUAUCGAAAACGCAUAACUCCGCGCUAGCUUCCUUGAAAAAGUUAGUUUUGUCCGGAGCUACUUUCAGUGCUGAAACCGAAUCCUUUUCCUUCACCAACCAAAGCUCGAUAACCUACUUAGACGUUUCCAACACUCCCCUCCAAAACUUCAGCUUCUUAGCAACUAUGAUUAACCUGGAACAUCUUGAUCUGAGCUCCACAGCUUUCGGGGAUGAUUCUGUUGACUUUGUAGCAUGUGUUGGCGAGAGUCUGAGGAAUCUAAAUGUCUCAUAUACAAGAAUCACUUCUGAAGGGGUCGAGAAUCUUGCGGGACAUGUGCCGCAACUCAACACAUUAUCUCUGUCCCAGACAUCUGUAGACGAUCUUUCCAUCUUACUUAUCAGCACCAUGAUGCCUUGUAUUAAAGCCCUCGACUUGAGCAUGACCAGGAUCCAAGGAUUCAUCCAGCAACAUACUCAACAAGCAGAGCCGUCGUUUGCAGCACUACAGUCUCUAACUUCCCUUGAAAUCCUGAGUCUAGAACAUGCAUACCUGAGCGAUACUGCUCUCUCUCCUUUAAGCGGUCUUACCGGAUUAACACAUUUGUCCCUAAAAAGCAGUUCCCUCACAGAUUCCACUCUCCACUAUCUCUCCUCUCUCCCAAACCUAGUCAGUCUCGGGGUCCAAGAUGCAGUUUUGACCGACAAUGGUCUCGAGAAGUUCAGCCCACCUUUAAGGCUGAGAAUACUUGACCUCAAAGGUUGUUGGCUUUUAACCGAAGAAGCUAUCGCUGGUCUUUGCAGAAGGUACCCUCACAUUAAAGUGAGGCAUGAAUUCGCGCAUGACUCUUCUUCUCUCGACCAAAUUCAACCUCUUCCUCGCUCAUCGCCUAACCAGAAUUUUGAAACGGUAGCGAGGAGAAGGAACAACCAAAGGCCAGAGAGUUCUGUUGCUGUUCCCAGGGGUUUCUUAGACCAGAGGGUGAAGUACAGAAGGGAAGUGUUGGUUGCUCUACAGAAUUCGCCUUUGUCACAAUUGCUUCCACGGGAAGAACUUGUCAGUAGUGUACCGGAUAUUUUUAGCUGAUGGCGUGACAAGAACGGUAAUUCAAUGAUUUGUAAAAGAGUAGAAACUUGGGGAGAUCUUAGCAUCUGUCUUGUCAGUUUUGAUCUCGAUUUCCCUUCCUCGAGUUUGUUAAGACGUUUAAGACAUACAGUAGUAGUACAUGUAUCGUGUACUAAAUUGUACUAGUACUACAUUUUGGAUAUUAGUUGAAAAUUAUGUACUCUUUUCUGUU